UAAAAAUUAAUAUAAGCGAAGGAUUAAAUUGCCUAAUUCUAAAAACAACAGGGAUGAAACUGUUUAUUAAGGCAAAUUGCCCUUUCCUCAAUUAAGCCCAAAAUAAAAUACACAAGAAAAAGAGACUUUAAGCAAGACAUCGGACCGAAUAGUACUUACUGCACACAAACCAUAUUCAACAAUUUUUAAAUAAAUACGAGCGGGAAAAGUUGCCCUCACUCUCUCAUCCACACAAAUUCAAAAAAAGAAAAAAGAAAAAAACAAUUCUCUCCUUCUUUCUCUCUCUAAAUUCACCUCUCUAGAUUUGUAAAUAUUCUCCUUCUCCUUAUCUUACUCCUGAUUUUUUGUUUUGCCUUCUGCAACUCAAUUCAGAAAAAUGGGAGUGGAAAACUACCACGUGAUAGAGUUAGUAGGUGAAGGCUCCUUCGGUAAAGUGUAUAAAGGCAGACGCAAGUUUACUGGGCAGACUGUCGCGAUGAAAUUUAUUAUGAAGCAUGGGAAAAGUGAGAAAGAUAUACAGAAUUUGAGACAGGAAAUUGAGAUUUUAAGGAAGUUGAAGCAUGAAAAUAUUAUUGAAAUGCUUGAUUCCUUUGAAAGUCCUCAAGAAUUCUGUGUUGUCACGGAGUUUGCACAGGGUGAACUAUUUGAGAUACUAGAGGAUGAUAAGUGCCUUCCUGAAGAACAGGUUCAAGCAAUUGCCAAGCAGUUGGUGAGAGCACUGCAUUAUUUGCAUUCCAACCGUAUCAUCCAUCGGGACAUGAAGCCACAGAACAUUCUUAUAGGUGCUGGGUCUGUUGUUAAGCUUUGUGAUUUUGGAUUUGCCCGUGCCAUGUCAACAAAUACUGUAGUUUUAAGAUCCAUAAAGGGUACUCCAUUGUACAUGGCACCAGAAUUGGUGAGGGAGCAACCAUAUAACCACACUGCUGAUUUAUGGUCUCUUGGAGUUAUAUUGUAUGAAUUAUUUGUUGGCCAGCCGCCAUUUUAUACAAAUUCAGUUUAUGCACUCAUCCGCCACAUUGUUAAGGAUCCAGUUAAAUAUCCCGAUGAUAUGAGUCCAAACUUCAAAAGCUUUCUGAAGGGAUUGCUCAACAAGGUACCACAAAAUCGAUUGACUUGGCCUGCUCUUCUUGAGCACCCAUUUAUCAAAGAAACCUUGGACGAAUUGGAAGCCAGGGAAAUGCGUGCUGCAACGGCUGCAGCCAGGGGAUGUGAUGCAGCAUGGCGGGGAGAAGCAAAUGUAAUCCAAGCAUCAAAUGGUUUGGCUGUCUCCAGCCCUGACGGUAGAAGCAAUCCUGUCGCUGCUCUUGACAACUGUAAUACUCCAAAGCUUCAUGGUGAUUCAAAACUGAACAGCCCUAUUACAGCCACAGGCAAUUCUUCACCAAAUAAUGAGUUUGUUGGAUUUGCAAGUCCUACUGAUGUCAAGCAGUCAGGUAGCCAGGCAUUAGACAGAUUGGAGAACAACUCUCGAACAGUUAAAGGUGCACAAAUAAUCGGGCAAGAUAAUGAAGCAUUAGCACUCCUAUUGCUACCAUUACAAAGAUGGUCGAAAGAAUCCCCACAUUCUUGCAGGGAUCAAGAUGUUUCCACUUCAAAUCAGGCAUUGAGAAUUUUCUCAAACUUAGCUGCAGCUGGUGCCAUCCAGUCCAGUGGGUUACUUGAUGAUAUACUAAGUGGGCUUCUUGAUUUCACUGCCACUUUAAUCUGCUUGAAAUCCUCGGAACUUAAUGAAUUAAUUGCAAAGAGUUUUGCCAUUAUGAAAUUGCUGUUAGAUAACAAAGGUGGUGGUGUUGGAGCUUCAUAUUUCACACAUUGGGUUGCCUUAAUUGAAAUCUUUGCACAGGUUGUUGGUUGCAACGAGGACAACUCUGGAAGAGUUCUGUAUGAGGCCAGUGCAUGCAUCACAGUUGUGUUAUCGACAAUUGCCCAGGGGCUCAAAGCAACGGCUUUGACUUCAGGCUCUGAAGCAGUUUCCGCUCCAGUUGUGAGGGAAACUAUGAAGAAAAUUUUGGAUCAUGCCAAGACAUGUGGAUUAGUUGAACAUUUAUGCCUUUGCUUAGCAACAUCAGGCUCAAGUCUUAUUUCAGGCUCCUCAAACAUGUUGCGUGCUGCCUGCGAAGCAUGCAAGGCUAUUUGGUCACUGAUUGAUGCAGUGGAAACCCUUUUUAUGAACGCAACUGCAUAUUUAUUUCCAUUAAAUGCACUGCGAAGUCAUUCUUUAACACGACUCGACAUUCGCGACCAGGAACGAGGUUCAUUGAUUGGAACAGAUUCAGCAAGAAUUAUUGAUGCAGUGACAAGGGCAUUCCUAAAGUCAAAAGCCGUGCAGGUGGCUAUUUAUUAUUGUCUCCAUCAACGUCUAGAGGCUGCCCUCUCUGCUAGUAUUCAGCUUUUGUCAAGGUGCUGCCUGCAUAAUGCAAUUGUUCCUGGCGUUCUGUGUGGUUUACCUAGUUCUCUUCCUGUUACAACCGUUGUUAGUGGUGGAGGGGAUGGAACGAUUGUUUCUGAGAUCUUCUCUGUUUUAUCCCUGUGCGCUUCAUCUUCUAACAAAGACCAUCAAAUGGGUGAAACGAAUAACUUCAAGAGCAAACUGGUGAAUCCUUCUGCUCUCAUUUUGCAUUCAUGCCUUACACUUGCAACAGUUGCUCAGUGUUUGAAGUCAACGGGAAGAAAUUCUGCACUAUUUAUGCUCACAACCUCCCCAAAGAAGCAACUAUCCCGCCUUUCAGUUCUUGCCCAUCAAUUUUCACAUGAUGACAGAACAAAAAAUUCGCUGCAACCCCAUUGUGCAUCUGCCAUGCUGGCUCUUGCUUCCAUUUUAUCCCUUGAAAGUGGAGCUUCUGUUGAGUCUUCUAUUUCUGAAAUAGCAGUACCUUUGAUUCCUCGCACUGGCACAAUCUGUGAACACCUCAAGAUUUCAACAGGGAAUGAAAAUGAAAUGGGCCCCAAUAAUGCAGAUGGUAUUCUCUCAUAUUGGCAUGGCCUUAGGGAUGGAUGUGUUGGCUUGCUAGAAUCGAGACUGAAAUGGGGUGGGCCAUUAGCUGUACAACAGCUGUGUGCAAGUGGUAUCCCUCUGUUUCUAAUUGAGUUGUUAAGCAACAGCUAUCUCACAGCUUCCCCUCAAGGAAUGGACAGCAUAAAGGAUCGCAUUGGGUUAUCACCUCUUGGGGUUGUAUGGACUAUCUCAUCUAUAUGCCAUUGCCUUCCAGGCGGAACCUCAAUUUGUCGCCAAAUUUUAUUCAGGAGUGAACACAUGAAGCUCAUUUCGGAAUUGAUAUCUGAUGUGCAUCUCAAGCUUGUUAAGCACUGGGGUGGGCCAGGUGGAGGGAAGGAUGGUGUCAGGGAUUUAAUAAACACUGUAAUUGAUCUCUUAGCCUUUCCUUUUGUUGCUGUACAGAGUGCUCCUGGUUUGCCAUCUGCUACUGCAUCCGUAAACAGUGGGUUCAUUCUGAACAUGGGUUCACCUGGUGGAAGAGUAUGCAUGGAAGACAAGAAUAUGGUUAAAGCAAUUGAGGAAGAUAUGGGAAAAUAUCUUAAAAUCCUUCUGGAGGUGGGAGUGCCAGGUGUCAUUCUACGAUGUCUGGAACACAUGGAGUUAAGAGAUUUGGGAAGGCCAGUUGCAUUUCUGGCCAAAAUGGUAGGACACCGGCCUCUUGCAGUUCAACUUGUGGGCAGAGGCUUGUUGGAUCCAAACAGAGUAAGAAGAUUGCUUGAUACUUCAAGUCCGAGAGAGGUCGUGCUGGAUUCUCUGAUGAUUGUUUCUGAUCUAGCUCGUAUGGACAAGGGUUUCUAUGACCAUAUAAAUGGGGCCUCUAUGUUGGAAUCCUUGAAGAAUUUUCUUGUACAUGAAGAUCCCAAUAUACGUGCAAAGGCAUGCAGUGCUGUAGGCAACAUGUGUCGGCACAGCUCCUACUUUUAUGGUUCUCUUGCAAGACAUCACAUAAUUGGUCUUCUCAUCGAUCGAUGUGCUGAUCCAGAUAAACGCACACGCAAAUUUGCUUGUUUUGCUAUUGGUAAUGCUGCUUACCAUAAUGACGUGUUGUAUGAGGAGCUCAAAAGAUCUAUACCUCAACUAGCAAAAUUACUACUCUCAAGUGAAGAAGACAAGACUAAAGCAAAUGCUGCUGGUGCAUUAAGUAAUCUUGUCCGCAAUUCUAACAAACUCUGUGAAGACAUUGUCUCUAGAGGAGCUAUGCAGGCUUUACUAAAGUUGGUGGCAGACUGUUCAGCAGUAGCCUUGAACCCAAGUAGGAAAGAUGCCGUAAAUGAGUCCCCAAUAAAGAUAGCUCUUUUCUCGUUGGCGAAAAUGUGUGCACAUGCACCCUGCAGACUGUUCCUCCGUACAUCAGAGUUGUUUCCAGUGAUUGGACGGCUUCGACAGUCUCCGGAAUCUACAAUUGCCAAUUAUGCCUCUGUUAUAAUCAGCAAAGUUGCUGAGGCUUGAAGCAGCAAAAGGAUUAUCAAAGACCAAACAGAGAACAGACGGGUCCGGAUUGGUUAAGACUUCUGCAACCUAUGAGGCAAUCCAUCAAAUCUUCGACACGCGUCCUCCACUCACAGAAAAUGUAGUGUUUCUGCCCCUCCUCGUUCCCAGUCUCAACAUUAAAAAUCAAAAAUAGCAAGGCUAUAUGGUAUGUGGGUCUCCUGUAAUGUCUCCCUCCAUUUUCUUUUAGCAGUAAUGUGUAAUUUUUUCUUGUGCCAUUAAUUUUAC